AUGGAGCAGAGCGACGCACCCCAAGAAAACGUUUAUUACGCUCGCCUGGGCGUGGUGGUCAAGAAGGGGCAGGCCUACUGCGUGUUCUGCCCCAAGCGCAUGAACAAGGCCUUCGACAACACGCAGGGCGGUGGGAGUCACGCCCACUUGUCGAAGACGCACAAGGAGCACUUCAAGGCGCCGCUGGCCGAGAACGACGUUGAGCUCGCAAUGCAGGGGGUCGUGUGGGGCGAGCGCAGCGGGUGGCGGUGCGUGCCCUGUGGCGUACAACUGAGCAGACAGGAGCUGCUGUCGCACCUUGCCGCCGCACCCCACACAACCGAGGUGAAACGCUGGGACAUCAACAUGGACUACAACAUCUCCUGCAAGAAGAGGAAAUCGCAGGACGUGCUUCCUCCAGAGCUGGUCGAUUGGCUGGACGGCGUUCUCACACCGGACAGAGACGACGGGGGACCGACGAGAGAAGAGCAGAUCGAGCUCUCGAACGAAGACUGCUAUCUAGCCGAGAUGGAGGAGGAGGAGGAGGCCGAUGUAUGGCUGCCACGGGGCGCAAAUGUCCCCGCCGCCUUCGGCCACAACGCCGCCGUCGCCGCCGCCCCGUCCCAGCCGCUACAGCCCCGCCCAGUGUUCGCCCCUGCCCAGGAAGAAGCCACCAACGCCUCAUCAGCCGCAUACAGCACCUGGAAUUGGAUCUUGAUGCUGCUGCACCUCCGCCACCGGGUGGACACACUCGAGGCCCGAUUCGACCGGCUCGAGCGCGCAGGCCCCGCUGGCCGUGGUGGCGCCAGCGGCGGCGGCAGCGGCGGCGGUAACCCAGGCUCGUCCGGCGGUGGAGGCGGACUCGACCCGGGCCGGUACGGCGGGGGCGGCUUCGGGGGCUUUGGCGGGGGGCUGGACCAGGACAAGGACGCAGGCGGCGGCCAAGGGGUACAACAAGGAGGAGACUACGUCUUCAUGAGCUUCACCUUGUGCUGCGGCGCAGUCAACUACACGCUGAUGCUGGUCCCGGCGCUCCUGGCUUGGCUUCACGACCCGAAGAAGAUGGCCGCGUUACUCUUCGUGGUGGCCGUCGCCGUGUUGGCCGCGACGUGGCGCAAUCCGGCACAGGCCGCACUGGUGCUUCAGUCUCCAGCGACAUCCACCAACCAGUCGUUGGCCACGGCCGGAAACCGCGAGAGUUCGCCAGCCGCUACUGUCGAAGAGCUAUCGCGCCCAACCAAAGAUCCGGUCUUGGCCGAGUGCAAACGAGACCCUCAGGCUGGCAGUGCCUGGGACAGACUGGGUCGGUCCGAUUCGUCCAAGUACCGGUUGUAUGCCCCGUGCGCAUAG